AUGUUAUUGCUUUGGUUUGCAGUUGUCGAGUUCCUUGGAAACGUUCCUUUACUUCAGAAGUUGCCCAGUUCUUCUCUGAGGAAAAUCGCUGAAGUCGUUGUGUUGAAGCGUUACGGGAAAGGGGAUUUUGUGGUUCGCGAAGAUCAAACUUGGGAUGGGUGUUAUUUCAUUUUGGAAGGAGAGGCUCAGGUUUGUGAGCCAGCCGAAGAAGAAAACCGUUCCGAAUUCCUUUUGAAACAAUAUGAUUACUUCGGCCAUGGUAUUUCUGGGCAUGUUCAUUCAGCAGACAUAGUUGCUAUGACCGAGCUUGCAUGUUUAGUGUUGCCGCGUGAUCAUUGUCGUUUGCUUCAGACAAAUUCAAUCUGGCAAUCAGAUACAGCAGUUGAGAAAUGCUCUUUAGUGGAACGCAUAUUGCAACUGGACCCUUUAGAAUUGAAUAUCUUCAGGGGUAUCACACUACCUGAUGCUCCUAAAUUUGGAAAGGUUUUUGGAGGACAAUUUGUUGGACAGGCACUUGCUGCUGCAUCAAAAACUGUUGAUUUUCUGAAGAUAGUACACAGUUUACAUUCCUAUUUUCUUCUCGUCGGCGAUAUUGAUAUCCCUAUUAUAUAUCAAGUUCACCGCAUACGUGAUGGGAACAACUUUGCCACACGAAGAGUAGAUGCAGUACAGAAAGGAAAUAUCAUAUUCAUGUUGUUUGCAUCAUUUCAGAAAGAGCAACCAGGAUUUGAUCACCAGGAGUCAACCAUGCCCUCUGUGCCAGAUCCUGAUACGCUUCUAUCACUGGAGGAGUUGCGUGAACGACGUAUUACUGAUCCUCAUUUACCUAGGAGUUACCGGAACAAAGUUGCAGCUGCAAACUUUGUUCCAUGGCCUAUAGAGAUUCGAUUUUGUGACCCCAACAAUUCAACAAAUCAGACAACGUCUCCGCCGAGAUUGAGAUAUUGGUUUAGAGCAAAGGGAACGCUUUCUGAUGACCAAGCUUUGCACCGAUGUGUCGUUGCAUUUGCUUCGGAUUUAAUAUUUGCUGGUGUCAGUCUGAACCCUCACCGCAGAAAGGGUCUGAGAUCUGCUGCACUUAGCCUGGACCAUGCGAUGUGGUUUCACCGACCUCUAAGAGCUGAUGACUGGUUGCUUUUUGUGACUGUAAGUCCAACCGCGCACGAGACCCGUGGUUUUGUCACUGGUGAAAUGUUUAACAGAAAAGGAGAGCUGGUUGUGUCAUUGACGCAAGAGUGCUUGUUAAGAGAGGCUAGACCUCCUAAACCCUCCGUCACGUCCAAGCUCUGA